UGGCGGAUAGACACUUAUGACUACUUACCUCGCUGGCCGCGGCGCCGCGACGCCGCGGCUCCCUUCCCCUGCCUCGUCCUGGCCGCAGUGAGCUGGUUGGGGGCGGCGUAGCGCCCCUCCGCUGGCCGGUGGUUGGAGGCCGCGGCGGCUGCGCGUUGAGCAGCUUCCUGCCGUACGACCCGAGCUAGAGUCUCUGCUGCGGGACGAUCGCCGAGCAGCCAACGCUUGACAGUGUCUGCGGUUUACCGGGUCGGGAGAGCUGGUCCGCGACUCUCGUGCAGGGAUAAUGCUGAAAGGAAUGACAAGGCUUAUCUCCAGCGUCCAUAAGUUGGACCCUGGACGUUUUUUGCACAUAGGGACCCAGGCACCCCAAUGCCUUGCUGCUCACCUGGAUAACCAGGUUGCAAUUGAGAGUCCCAGAGCUAUUUCCCGCACCAGUGAGAAUGAUCCGGCCAAGCAUGGGGAGCAGCAUGAGGGUCAGCACUACAACAUAUCCUUCCAAGAUCUGAAGACUGUAUUCUCCCAUGGCCUGCCUCCUCGCUUUGUAAUGCAGGUGAAGACAUUCAAUGAAGCUUGCCUGAUGGUAAGGAGACCAGCCCUAGAGCUUCUGCAUUACCUGAAAAACACCAAUUUUGCUCAUCCAGCUGUACGAUACGUUUUCUAUGGCGAGAAGGGAACAGGAAAAACCCUCAGUCUUUGCCAUAGUAUUCAUUUCUGUGCAAAACAGGAUUGGCUGAUACUGCAUAUUCCAGAUGCUCAUCUUUGGGUGAAAAACUGCCGGGAUCUUCUGCAGUCCACCUACAACAAACAGCGCUUUGAUCAACCUUUAGAGGCUUCAACCUGGCUGAAGAAUUUCAAAACUGCAAAUGAGCAUUUCUUGAGUCAGAUAAAAGUUCAAGAGAAGUAUGUCUGGAAUAAGCGAGAAAGCACUGAGAAAGGCAGUCCCCUGGGAGAAGUAGUUGAACAGGGCAUAACGCGGGUGAGGAAUGCCACAGAUGCAGUUGGGAUUGUGCUCAAAGAGCUAAAGAGGCAAAGUUCUUUGGGUAUUUUUCGCCUCCUGGUGGCAGUGGAUGGAGUCAAUGCUCUCUGGGGAAGGACCACACUGAAAAGAGAAGAUAAAAGCCCGAUUGCCCCAGAAGAACUAGCAUUUAUUUACAACCUGAGGAAAAUGGUGAAAAAUGAUUGGCAAGGAGGCGCCAUUGUGUUGACUGUGAGCCAGACUGGGUCUCUCUUUAAGCCCCGGAAAGCCUAUCUGCCCCAGGAGUUGCUGGGAAAGGAAGGAUUUGACGCCCUGGAUCCCUUUAUUCCCAUCCUGGUUUCCAACUAUAACCCAAAGGAAUUUGAAAGUUGUAUUCACUAUUAUUUGGAGAACAAUUGGCUUCAGCAUGAGAAAGCUCAUACAGAAGAAGGGAAAAAGGAGUUGCUGUUCCUAAGUAAUAGGAAUCCUGGGCAGCUGGAGCGGCUCUGUGCCUACCUCUAAGCCAUGGUCACAAGGUACGUGGAAGACAAUGGACCUUUCUUCUAAUGGACCCAAUCAGAUGGGGGAGUCCUGCAGUACACAAGAAGAGCAGCCAGGCACGUGCACUUAUGGGAUUGGACAGGACUGCAGUCAGCUCCCAGCCUUCGUUGCAGUGGGUUCCUUGUGAUGUGACUGUGGUGGCAAUAAGAUGUCCUGAAACUAACAUCAGUUUAUUAGUUGUGGUUUUCACAUUUUAAAUAAUCAUGUAGCUUUUCCUAAAAAAUUAAAUUAUCUUUCUUAAA